AAACCAUUCUUCUACUAAUACUUCCUCCUCUUCAAAACGGUCAACCUCACAUCACAUGCUUCAAACCUCAAAAUUCAACACUCCACACACUGCUGAGGUUCCAACCAUGUCAACAGAACACUUGACUAAUGGCGAACCCGAAUCCCUCAUCGUACAACCCUUGUUGUCUUCGCAAAGAUCCAUUGUCAACUCCACGUCCCAGGUUGCCAUUGUUGGCGCCAAUGUCUGCCCUAUUGAGAGCCUUGAUUAUGAGAUUUUUGAGAACGAGUUCUUCAAGCAGGAUUGGAGGAGCAGAGGGAAGGUUCAGAUAUUCCAGUACAUAUUGAUGAAGUGGCUCUUGUGCUUUCUUAUUGGUAUGAUCGUUAGCCUUGUUGGGUUUUGCAACAAUCUCGCUGUGGAGAAUCUUGCUGGCGUGAAGUUUGUGAUUACAUCCAAUAUGAUGUUGGAGAAGAGGUUUCUUUUGGCCUUUGUUACAUUUUUUGCUUCAAAUUUGAGUCUCACGCUUUUUUCCUCUAUAAUCACGGCUUUGAUAGCACCUGCUGCUACCGGUUCAGGUAUACCGGAGGUGAAAGCUUACCUUAACGGUGUAGAUGCUCCUGGAAUAUUUACCCUACCAACUCUGUUCGUUAAGAUUAUCGGAAGCAUUACGGCAGUUUCAUCAUCUCUUCUUAUUGGGAAAGCAGGGCCUAUGGUGCAUACAGGUGCAUGUGUGGCAUCAUUGUUGGGUCAGGGUGGGUCAAAGAGAUAUGGGUUAACGUGGAAAUGGUUACGGUUUUUUAAAAAUGAUCGAGAUCGACGAGAUCUAAUAACAUGUGGAUCAGCAGCUGGAAUUGCUGCUGCCUUUCGUGCCCCUGUUGGUGGGGUGUUGUUUGCUCUUGAAGAGAUGACUUCUUGGUGGAGGACUGCCCUUCUGUGGAGAACUUUCUUCACAGCAGCAAUAGUUGCAAUUUUUCUUCGUGCUAUGAUUGAUGUAUGUUUAAGUGGUAAAUGUGGGUUAUUUGGUAAAGGGGGACUGAUAAUGUUUGAUGCUUAUUCAGCAAGUAUUUCAUAUCAUGUGGCAGAUGUUCCUCCUGUGUUUAUUCUUGGUGUUAUUGGGGGGAUACUUGGAAGCUUCUAUAAUUUUUUGUUGAACAAAGUUCUUCGCAUAUACAAUUUUAUCAAUCAGAAAGGCACCAUUUGGAAAAUUUUGCUUGCUUGUGUAAUCUCCAUUUUUACCUCCUGUCUUCUUUUUGGUUUGCCAUGGCUUGCAACUUGCCGACCUUGUCCACCUGAUGCAACUGAGUCUUGCCCUACAAUAGGUCGGUCUGGUAUCUACAAGAAAUUCCAAUGUCCACCUAAUCACUACAAUGAUCUUGCCAGCCUCAUUUUUAACACAAAUGAUGAUGCUAUCAGAAAUCUAUUUAGCAAGAACACCGACGAUGAGUUUGAGUAUUCUUCAAUGUUCAUCUUUUUCAUCACAUGCUUUUUUUUAAGUAUCUUUAGCUUUGGAGUUGUUGCUCCGGUCGGUCUUUUUGUGCCACUUAUUGUGACUGGCGCAUCUUAUGGACGCUUUGUUGGAAUGUUGGUUGGCAAACAGUCCAAUCUUAACCAUGGCCUUUAUGCUGUACUUGGCGCUGCUUCCUUUCUUGGUGGAUCUAUGAGGACAACAGUUUCUCUCUGUGUUAUUAUUCUUGAACUGACCAAUAACUUGUUAUUGCUACCCCUAAUCAUGAUGGUGCUUUUGGUAUCUAAGACUGUAGCAGAUGCUUUCAAUCAAAAUAUAUAUGACCUUAUAAUGAAAGCCAAGGGUUUGCCUUAUUUAGAAACUCAUGCGGAACCAUAUAUGAGGCAGCUAACAGUGGGAGAUGUAGUCACUGGCCCACUUCAGAUUUUCAAUGGCAUUGAGAAGGUUCGUAACAUAGUGUUUGUUCUCAAAACUACCAGACAUAAUGGAUUUCCUGUUAUUGAUGAGCCUCCACUUUCUGAAGCUACAGUUUUAUUCGGUAUAGUCCUUCGCGACCAUCUCCUCACGUUGUUGAAGAAGAAAGCUUUCUUGCCCACACCAACAUCAAUAAGUGAUGAUGUCUUGAAACAGUUUUCAGCAGAUGGUUUUGCAAAGAAGGGUUCAGGCAAAGGUGAAAAGAUAGAGGAUAUACGGUUAACGGAGGAAGAGAUGGACAUGUUCAUAGAUCUACAUCCAUUUACUAAUGCUUCACCUUAUACUGUUGUGGAGACAAUGUCCCUGGGAAAGGCCCUUACACUUUUUCGAGAGGUCGGUUUAAGACACAUGCUAGUGAUACCCAAGAUCUCUGGUAGAUCACCUGUAGUGGGUAUAUUGACAAGGCACGAUUUCAUGCCAGAACAUAUAUUGGGUUUGCAUCCUUUGCUGGUAAGAAGGAGGUGGAAAAGAUUAAGAUUACAGAACCUUUUGGAAUACUUUUGGGAUAUCUGAGAAAGGCUAUCAAGCUUAAACUUCAACAGUAAGGCUUACGUAUUCUUGUGAUAGUUUUUUUGUGACAUCUGAACAACGUUACCAAGCUUAAUUAUUCUUGUGUUGUAGAAGGCAUCCAUAUUCUUGAGACCAGAGUAUUAGUGAUGAUUUUUAUUUUCUUUUACUCCUAACUUCAUCAUGGAAUCCAGAGCUGGUAGUCAUAUUUUUCAUAUUACGAAUUAGGAUAUAUGAAUGCCUUGUAUAUAGGACAUGAACGUAAAAAGUUGUUUUUUGGCAAUGGCAUACGGCUGCUUAAAAAGUGGGCCUCUGAUCAAAGGGGGUUUUGUUUUGUUUUUAUUUAAUAGCUUUGUACUUUCUGUCAUCAUAAUUGAUCAGUGGUUGAU